CACAAUUGUCUGGUGAAUUGAGACGUAUACAACAAUUAUUAAAAGAUAAAACCGACCAAAACACACAAUUACAAACAAAUUAUAAUGCUCUUCUUGAAAAGUUAACUAAUUUAACACCAGAUAUAAAUACUGCUGUAAAAAAAGCAAUACAAGAUUCACAACCUUUAUUUGAAGAU